GUGUAGACUGCCCCCGCUCCCGCAACGCCCGCGCGCCAGCUCCCGCACGCGCCGCCAGCCCGCACGCGCGCGCCGCGGAUUCGGUACGACCGCCGCGGAUUUCGCUCCCACGCAGCCAGCCAUGGCGCGGCUCGGCCGCCUCCCUACGCCCGCGGAACAACCGCGCCAACAACCGCAACGCUCGCGCUCCAGCACGACCGCCGCGGAUUCCGCAGAUCCACCUCCAUCCGCGUCACUCACCAGUCUCCUCACCUAAUCCCACUCCGCCGCCGCCAGCUUGCCCACCAUGGCGGCGACAACCCACGCCGCCUCCAUGUCGUUCCUCCUCUCCCACCCCCAGUCGCGCUCUGCCACCCCAAGCCGCCACCUCCCGCUCCGUCCGGCAGCCCGCCGCGUCCGGUGUGCCACCGCCGCCGCCGCCUUUCCCCGGCGGUCACCACCAAGCACCGGCGCACGGCGGAUGAGAACAUCCGCGAGGAGGCGGCGCGGCACCCGGCCCCGAAGCAGGGCCUGUCGGCGUGGUACGAGCCCUUCCCGCCGGCCCCGAACGGCGACCCCAACGAGCGCUACUCCCUGGACGAGAUCGUGUACCGCUCCAGCUCGGGGGGCCUCCUCGACGUGCGGCACGACAUGGAGGCGCUGGCCCGCUUCUCGGGCGCCUACUGGCGCGACCUCUUCGACUCCCGCAUCGGGCGCACCACCUGGCCGUACGGGUCCGGCGUGUGGUCCAAGAAGGAGUUCGUGCUCCCCGAGAUCGAGCCCGACCACAUCGUCUCCCUGUUCGAGGGCAACUCGAACCUGUUCUGGGCCGAGCGGCUGGGGCGUGACCACCUCGGCGGGAUGAACGACCUGUGGGUGAAGCACUGCGGCAUCUCCCACACGGGCUCGUUCAAGGACCUCGGCAUGACCGUGCUGGUCAGCCAGGUGAACCGCCUCCGCGCGCCGCUGUCGCGCCCCAUCGCCGGCGUCGGGUGCGCGUCCACGGGGGACACCUCCGCCGCGCUCUCCGCCUACUGCGCCGCCGCGGGGAUCCCGGCCAUCGUCUUCCUCCCCGCCAACCGCAUCUCGCUGGAGCAGCUCAUCCAGCCCAUCGCCAACGGCGCCACCGUGCUCUCGCUCGACACCGACUUCGACGGGUGCAUGCGGCUCAUCAGGGAGGUGACCGCCGAGCUGCCUAUCUACCUCGCCAACUCGCUCAACUCCCUCCACCUCGAGGGGCAGAAGACGGCAGCCAUCGAGAUAUUGCAGUAGUUCGACUGGGAGGUGCCCGACUGGGUGAUCGUGCCUGGAGGCAACCUGAGGAACAUAUACGCGUUCUACAAGGGGUUCGAGAUGUGCCGUGUCCUCGGGCUCGUCGACCGCGUGCCGCGCCUCGUCUGCGCGCAGGCGGCCAACGCGAACCCGCUCUACGGCUACUACAAGUCAGGCUGGGCCGAGUUCCAGCCGCAGGUGGCCAGGCCGACGUUCGCGUCAGCGAUCCAGAUCGGCGACCCGGUGUCCGUCGACCGGGCCGUGGUCGCGCUCAAGGCGACGGACGGCAUUGUCGAGGAGGCCACGGAGGAAGAGCUCAUGAACGCGAUGUCGCUGGCCGACCGCACCGGGAUGUUCGCUUGCCCGUACACCGGGGUCGCGCUCGCCGCCCUGUUCAAGCUCAGGGACCAGCGCGUCAUCGGGACGAACGACCGCACCGUGGUUGUCAGCACGGCUCACGGCCUCAAGUUCUCGCAGUCGAAGAUCGACUACCAUGACAGCAAGAUCGAGGACAUGGCUUGCAAGUACUCCAACCCGCCUGUGAGCGUGAAGGCUGACUUUGGCGCCGUGAUGGAUGUGCUGAAGAAGAGGCUCAAGGGCAAGCUCUGAGCGCCUGUGCCUGGCUAAUGCAAUCAACUGAUUGGAAUGCAGUGGUUUCGUCGGUAUCGGGGGGUCUUUUAGGCUUCAGAAAUUCUGUCUGGGUUAGACUAUUUGUUUGUGGAGUUUAGCAGGAGAAUGGCUAUCUCUCCUGCAAGACUGGCGCUCUUUCUUGUGCUACGAAUGUGUUACCAUGGAUAAUAAGUGUAGUCGCUGUCGGAUUGAAUAAUCGUCACUCGCUCCUUUGUCCUCUGUGCUGGCAACGCUUGUCGAGUACUUUGGAUGUAACUGCAUGUAUUGUUGUUUUGAUCAUUUUGGUGUUGCAAUGCUGGCUGUUGUUGUUUUGAUC